UAAAUGGCUAGAGCAGGGGCACUUCCACUUUCCAGUCACAGUGCAGAAGUGUGACAUGUGCCAACAUGGCUUCCUCUCCCUCAGUUACUGUUACAACUGACACCCUUGUGUCAGCACAGUCAGCCCAGACUGAGGGGAGCCAGAGCCAGACCCAGACAGGACAAGGUAUUGUUGUGGAGGUUCCACUGAGUGUUCUAUGUUCCCAGCACAAGGACUGGAACGAUUUUUUCAGUAAAACACAGGCCGGAGGAAAGAUUACCAUCAAGGAUGGCAGGCAACGGGAGCUCUUUGAAAGAGUGCAGAAGGCAAGAUACUCCUUCGAGCAGCAGAGAAAAAAGAAGAAGAAAAGUGCUGAAAUAUGUUACAAAGGGCGAACCUAUGAGCUGCGGCUUGAUGAAGCUGACAUCGUCAGCAACGCCAGCGUCAGCGACUUGGCUGCCAUGCAGAGGCGUGUGGUGGACCUGGAGAGGGAUAUCGAGAAACAGAACGACAAGGACAAAAAUUUGCUUAUGAGAGGGAAGCCGUUAGACGCAAUCAGCCCUCGUCAGAGGAAUCGAAGAAUGUCGAGACUGAGAGAUCAAGUACAUUCGGCGCUGUGGUUUACAGAGUCGUUCGGCUUCAGCCUAGAAAGUGUCGUGCUCCGGAACAAAGAUGACCAGAGUACGACUACAUUGCAGCUGACUGAAAAAGAGAACAAAUCGUACGAUGAGAUGACGGACGGCGAACGCGAGCAAAUUGAACUGCAAGCUGAAGGGGUUUGGGCCACAUGCCAAUCAUGACAGUCAUGUUCGCCUGUUACACUGUUAUGCUAGUAAAUAACUGCGGCUAUAAAGAACCAAUUCUCCUGCUCAGUGGUGUUUGUUGUUUUAGCGUUGGUUCUUUACAUGCUUCUUUGUUUUGUUUCUUUUUUUCCUUUCCAUUUUUUCUUCUCUUUAUUCAGUUUCUCUUACCUCUGGCCAAAAAUGUGGAAAGCGCGCACUUGCGCCAUUUCUGGUGUAUAAGAAUGAUCAUUCCUCCAUUAUCAUCAUUAUCAUCCUCUACUGAUGAGCUCCAACAGGGAGCGAAACAGCUGUCUAGAGGCGUGGAGCAAUAAUUAUUAUCUCUCAA